AUGAAUGCUAUAUACUAUCCAAAAAAAGAGCUUUCCCUUGACGAAUCUAUGGUUUUGUGGAGAGGACGUCUUGUUUUUCGGCAAUACAUUCAAAAUAAGUGCCUUAAAUAUGGCAUAAAACUUUAUAUGCUAACAGAACCGGAUGGUUUAGUUAUAAAGUUCGCUGUUUAUACUGGAGUAUUUGAUGAUAUGGAAGGACAAGGUAAUGCUUCUAUAGUAGUUUUGUAUUUAAUGUCUGAAAAAUUAGAAAAUGGUCACUCCUUGUACAUGGAUAAUUUUUACAACAGCUUUGAUUUGGCAACUUUAUUAAUUCAGAAAAAUACGUAUUGUACCGGAACGUUGAGAUUAAAUAGGAAAAAUACACUAGUAGAAGUGAAGAAGGACGAAACUAUUGCUAGGUAUUCAAAUGGCGUGGUAAUUGGAAAGCGGAGAGACAAAAGAGAGGUAGCUUAUAUAUCAACAGAGUUUAAAAAUAACUUGGUAGUUUCUACAAAUACACGUGGCCAUAAUCAAACUAAACCAGAACCUAUUGUUAACUAUAGCAAGUUCAUGAGUGGUAUAGACCGUCAGGACCAAAUGCAAAGUUACUAUCCUUGCAUUAGAAAAACUAUUCGAUGGUACAAAAAAAUUGGGAUACAUAUUGAACAAAUGUUGUUAAUGAACUCAUUUUACUUAUAUAAUAAGUAUAAAAUUUGA